AUGCCAAGAUCCCGGGGACUUUACCCAACACCUGGACCCCCCACCUCCCAGCCCCGCCAGGCUCCCCUCCCAGGCCGACUGGGAGGAGUCGGGAAGGCUACGGAGGGAUGGUGCCGAGUGAGGUAUCCCGGUACUCCUGUCUCCUUCUCGGGAGACUUGGUCUCCCAUGCAGAGGUGGCGGUGGCAGAGGGGAAGGACAGCCGAGCGGGAGGGGCGGUGGGGCCGCCGGCAGAGCGGCCGCGACCGCCGGACGCAGCAGACCCAGCGCCUGCCCGCGUCCGCCAGCCGCUUCCAGCAGUGGACCUCCGCGCCCUGGCGCUGCUCUGCCUUCGCCCUGGCCGUCAUCUCCUCUCAGAGGAGAAACCCGUCAGCCUGACUUACCGAUGUCCCUGUCGAUUCUACGAGAGCAACGUGGCAAGAGCCAACAUUAAGCACCUCAAAAUCCUCUCCACACCUAACUGCUCACUUCAAAUUGUCGCAAGGCUCAAGAGCAACAGCAAGCAAGUAUGCAUUGAUCCCAAGUUAAAGUGGAUCCAGGAAUAUCUGGAGAAGGCUUUAAACAAACCACGUCAUCGCACUCAUAAAAAAAAGCAACAGAAGAAACGGGGCCCCCUCUGCCCUUCCCGUGCAACAUCACUAAAGUCUCCAGGGAGAAAGAAUGGAGGUUCAAGAUGUAAGAGGCAAGCAUUGUAAGCCGUCUACAGGAUUUCUUACUGUAGGACCCAGAGAGCAGAUAACCAGUAUUAGGGAAUGAAUACAUUUUUCCUGUUAUCAUGCAGCACAAAAGCAACGCUUCACGCAUUUCCAAAGGGUUUUUUUUUUCUCGUUUGGGUUUUUCCCCCCCUUGCACAAAUUGACUUGCUUUCACAGUGCUAUUUUUAUGUAGUUAAGAUGUAACUAUUUGAAAAAAAAUAUGUUUUUUACAGGUUGGUUUAUUACCUAGCACUGGGGGCAGAUACCAAUUUAAACUAACCCUAUGUUAUAUAAUAUUUUAUUACCUUUGUUAUGUAGAGGUCCUGCUUUAUUUAACUUUCUUUUGGUUCAUGCAAGUCUCCUGGAGUUUUAAACCGAGAAGGACAUGAACUGUACAGUGCAAUGAUGUUGUGUGUAAGUAGUGGAGGAACUCCUUGCCUCCAGAAGUCAUAGAGACCAAGAACAUAGGAAGGCUAAAAAAGCAUCAGAUAAAAGUAGACAGCAUUACCCUGGGUGGCAUUUGGGGUGAGGGAUUAAACUCAGGGCUGCAGGGCUAAAACCCUUCUCUGAAGAUCAGAAACUUCGGUCACAGCUGUGAGCAGCUGAGCCAAUGCAUGUUUGGUAUUGCAAGGUGCUAGUACUUGGUUUGUAGUAGUUGUGUGUGUUAGGAGCCACAACAGCAAUCUGAUGUCAUCUGGCGUUUCCUAUGUUCCUGUGUUUCUGAUGACAAAUUUAGCAAAAAUAGAAGGAAUGGGUUAUUAAAGCUCUAAGCACACGACCAUGUUGCAAGUCACCGGAGAAGUCAGAUAUGCUGCCAUGCACCAGGUAUCUCUUCCCACCCAUCCACAGGAGGUGACUUCAGCUUGCCUGGCUGGCUUUGCACUGAAGUAGGCUGAGAUGCAUUCACCCUUCACCAAUGAUGCUGUAGGUCUGCUACUGAACAGUCACACCUCCCUGAGGGCAGUCACAUCUUUGAUUACUCUGGAGAUACGCAGAAGAGGAUAUCUGGAUGUAUCUUUGGAAAAAAAGAGAUGCCUGGGGCAAGAGAGGGUCUGUCCAGUUUUUGGAAGGAGUGGUAUUUCUUGGGUGUGGAAAUGAAGGCCAACACUCACUGUUCACCACCAGUCGUGGCCUCAUUUGCUGGUGAACAGAAUAGCCUCUGGAAUUUCCUUUGCAAAGUACAGCUGGGGACAGGCACCACUCCUUGCACCAAUCCCCUCUCUAAGCCAGAAGUUUCUUUUUCCUGAUUCCUGCCUGUAUACACAAUAUCUGUUAUAUAGUGUAUGGAAAGAUACCUGCAGCACUGAUAAUGAUGUUAUGGUGUGCACUGGGAUCUGGGGGGAAGCACAUUAGUGCAGCACAAUGCUUGUGUUUGUGUGUAUCUGUCUGUAUUGUAAACAAAAAAUGUUGUAAGAUUGUCUUUUUUAGUGAGCUGGUUGCUUCAAAAGGAAUCUUCCGUCUUCCCUGUGAUCACAAAGGAGUGUUUCACUAAGCACUCCUUUUUUGUGGUAGGCAUCUUUAAUGCCAAAGCGUCACUUUGGCUAGCCAGGGACUACCUUAUUUCCAUGUGGAUUCAGGUAAAAAUCUUGUAUCUUCCUCUCUGCAAAACAGGGCUAUUGCAGAGAGUCCUUCAGCUGGGACCACAUCACCUCAUUUGCUUUAAAGCAGAAACCAACUGCUGUGCCUAAAAUGUUUGUGUGUGUGAUUUUGACAUUCCUUCUCUUGUCAUCAUACCAACCUGGUGCUUAAGUAUUUUUGUCUCUGUUUUGAAAGGUCUGGUACCACUGUAUUUGACGAGAAUUGGAGUGUUGAUUUAGUAUGAGUAGGAUCAGAUCCUCUCUUUAAAGGCUAAAGACAGAAAGAAAUUUUAUGAGAAAACCAGAGUUUCUAGUAUCCUCCCUGGAGCUAUACUUUAUAUCGUAGGGUCCAUCUCCUGUCCCACAUAUGCACCUGCAAUUGCUAGUGGUUUGUGAGAGACAGACUUGUGUGUGUCACAGCCAAGAAUGACUGCAGGGAAAGUGUGCAAGAAUCUUGGUUUUGACAUAGACACAGAACUUCUCAGCCAGGAAGGUGCAUUCUUCACACAUAAUUCCUAUCAAAGAACAGCUUGAGGUCUGAUUCAUUCCCAUUGGAGUAAAUGGAGACUUAAAUAAUUCUCUGAUUUUGAUUCAGCAGCAUAUCUUGCUAAUGAUAAUAGGGGCCAUGACCAUUUUUUUCUGGGGGAAACAUUGGCUUUCUGGUGAGAAGAUGAGUGGGUAGAUGUGACUGUACAGCUUUGCCAGUGCUCUGCUGCAGUCCUUGUUAACAGGGAGUGCAUCUGGGGUCAGCACCGUCAGGGAAGGGUCCCUGGGAACAUGCCAACCCCACAUUACAGCCUGGGCAAACAGACUGCUUUGACAGGAGCAUUGAGAUGGGCAGUGCUGAAGCACCCCAGCCAAACCCCAGGAUCCCAGCUCUGGACAGUGUAGCCAGGUAGAGGAGAUACACCAGGAAAGGGGGUCAUCUGUCAGCCUUCUCUUCUGGGUGCAAACCAGUGAGUGCUGCAGGGGUAGACUGUGCUAAAUGAAGGGCAUUAGCUCCUGGGAGAAGUCCAUGAGUAGCAGCAGGAAGGAAAGGCACUCCAUGCAAGACUGGGAAACAUUUACAGCCAGGUGAUGAUUGUCUGGGUGCCUUGUGGGCCAUCUGCCCCUGACAUUUCUUGAGACUCACACAGUGACCUGGGCCCUGACACCUCUGUGCUGGUGACACUUCACUACUUACAUAGCUGAGACCACUCAGGGCGUGGGGCUGGCUCUCGGGGGCCAGCACCAUGUCCCUCUCUUGCCUGGGCGAGGUUGAGCACAGCUUGAAUGCAGACAUGGCACAGACCUGGCCAGAGACUUAAAUGAGAAUCUGCUAAAAGCUUUCUCUUACUUUAGACCAAAAUUCAACCUUGAGUGGGAAGCUUUGCUCUGUGCCUGACAUUAUUUGCAUGAUGCAUUGGGAAGAACAGCCAUGCCCUUCACACUGGAGAAAUCAGUUACUGGGCUGCCCCAGUGCACCACAUGUCGUUCCUUCCCUGCACCAUGACUGGAGCAGGCUGAGAAGCAGCACUAGCAGAGUCUCGCUUGGGGAGAGAACUUGGUUUUCCUUUCUGCCUUUAACUGUUGACCAAAGACAGAAUCAGGGAAAGGAAGCGUGAGGAGAUGGGAGUGAGAUAGGGACCACAUGUGAAGGGGAUGGAAAAGAGAUGACACUGAACUGUGCUGAAAAAGCAGCUUCCAUAAAUGUGAAAUCAUCAUGUGGGUAUUUUCAACGUGCAGCUGUCAAAUCCCAAGGUUGGAUUAUUUUUUAAGACUAGAUGGUAUUUAUUGCUGUGUAAUUUUUUUAUUUAUACUAGCUUUAUACUUGUAUGUAUGAAUAUGUUAUCUGAAUUCUGCCUGAGGAAGGAUGAAGGGUGACUUUCUGAUGUGUUUUUAACUAAGGUGUUUUAGAAAUGAUGACUGUUUAUUUUGCAAUGAAGGCUAUAUUUGAAGUUAAAUAUACACUUUCUGUUGAAAAUGCAGUUCCUAUAGAAUUCUUUGUGGCCAUUUUCCAUUUGCUAGCCUCUAAAGGGUCCUCCUUUUCUCUGGCAAGUAGUUUUUUGUGAUGUGAUUUAUAGUAGCCAGGAUUUUUUGUGAACUCAUCACCUAAAAUCUGAUUUUUUUUCUUUACCAAUAUCCCACCAAGACAAGCCUUGUCUGAAAAGAUGAAACCCUGGUGGCCACAGAGAAGAAAACAUGUAUCAUGAUGAAAGGGCUGCAUGAACCUCCCAUCUUCCACACCUUAACAACUCAGUUUUGUCAGAAUUGUCACAAUGUGGUAAAUACUGUACUUUAUAUUUUUAUUAAACAAAAAGAAAUAUCUUCCCAAAUAAUGUGAAAAGGGUUUUGUAUUUGUGUUUCUUUAAGGCAGCUUUUAUGGAGGAGCUAUAUUAUGCUUUUGAAAUUACUCCUUUCAUAGAAAAUUUGGAAAAUAAACAUUUAUAUUGUUGUAAUUUCUCCCAUAAAUGUGUAUGCACUUAAAAUUUUCAUAAUAAAAAUGUCUAUCC